AUGCCACCAAAGGGAGUUGCAAGCAAGGCACCAGCUGCCGCCAAGGCACCUGCAUCCGCAUCAAAGGCCCCAGCUAGCAAGCAAGACGCUGGCAAGAAGACCACCACCAGCGAAGGAAAGCCACGCAAGAAGAAGGGACGCAAGGAGACCUACUCUUCAUACAUUUACAAAGUUCUCAAGCAAGUUCACCCAGAUACUGGUAUCUCCAACCGCGCCAUGUCCAUCUUGAACUCCUUUGUCAACGAUAUCUUUGAGCGCGUCGCCACUGAGGCAUCCAAGCUCGCUGCUUACAACAAGAAGAGCACCAUCUCAUCAAGAGAAAUUCAAACCUCUGUUCGUCUUAUUCUCCCCGGUGAACUCGCCAAGCACGCCGUCUCUGAGGGUACCAAGGCUGUUACCAAGUACUCUUCAUCCACGAAAUAA